CUUGCAAGACCUGUUUUCGUGAUUACCUCGUCCUGAGGAAUCUCGCCACGCGUUGUCCGCCAGGAAUAGAAACGCAGGCAGUCUUUGUCUGUCUGCGUCCGAAGGCACAGGAGGAAUCUUCAGCGAAACUUCCGUGGCUUUCUGUGGCUUAGCCGAUUGAUCGUUGUUUUUAGGACGAUGCUGUCUCUCAUCAUAUGUUUGCUACCUCUAGCGGCAAGCAUACCUGUAGAAGUUGGAAACAUCAGUGAAACAGAAACAUCAAAGAAUUUAAUCGUAAACAUCGAUAACGGCGUCCUGAAAGAUGUUCGUUUCGUCGGAAAUUCCGAUCGUACGAAAUUGAAUUUAUCGGGCCUUCCGGGUCUUCACGCACUGGAGAAAAAUGCCUUCGACAAUGUACUUGACGUGGAGUCUCUCGUACUUGCCAACAAUUCGUUAACUUCUCUGCCGGACUUUGUCUUCUCCAAUCUGACAAAAUUGAAGAGCCUAUCGUUAUCGAACAAUCAAAUAUCGAAUGUCCGAAAUCUGUUUAUCGGCUUGGAAAAUCUGCAGCUGUUGAAUAUCUCUCGAAACCCUAUCAGACACUUUGGAAGAGGCCACCUGUUUGGUCUCACCAAGUCCGUGAAAAUUCUCACCGAUGGAAAUAUUCUCUGGAGCAUCAGCACAGGCGCAUUUGCUAAUUCUUUCCUUAAAGAUACCGAGGAGGUAAAGCGACUGGCGGCGAUGCACGAUCAGGAAAAGGAGCACGAAGUGAAGGAGCAGAAAGUCGACAAGACUGAGGUAGCCACGACGAAGCCAGCUGAGGAUCAAAAGAGCGUUGAAACUCUUAGCGAGCACACUCGAUUGAAAAUCUGCAAGUCCGAUGGUAUCGUGACAUCAUUGAAGAUUCUUCUGAAGGACGAGGAACUCGCUGACGGAUGCGUUCAAGUGCCAGUCGAUAGCGCGCUGCAAGUAAGUCUCGUCGAGCUGGGCAUCAAGGGCUUCCAGGAAGAUUGGUAUCGACUGCAAUCUCUGCCGAUCGCUUCGUUGGAUCUGUCGAAUAAUGAAAUCACCGAGAUCACGAAGGAAACACUGAAUAAUCUGCCGUCCAGUCUGACAUAUGUAAACUUCCAGGGGAAUAAGAUAGGCAGGAUCUGGAGUCAGGUGAUUGAAAACGAUCACCUGCGUGUGCUCAACUUGAGGAACAAUUUGAUCGAGGAUAUCGAAGAGAGCGCGUUCACGAAGACGAAUCUACGCGAAUUGUAUCUCACUGGUAAUAAGCUGGAGAAUCUGAACUUCGUUUCCAGUCUGCCGGAUACCCUGACCGUGUUUCUGGCGAACGAAAAUCACAUAAUCUCUAUCCCCGACGGUGCGUUCUCCAAGCUCCUCCGUUUGAACUACUUAUAUCUAGACGAUAACAAAAUCGAAGAAUUGAAGAACGAUGUCUUCCAAGGUUUAGAGUCCUUGCUAUCAUUAACACUGGCAAGGAAUGAUAUGAAGACGAUCGAACCGAGAGCUUUCAGAGGCUUGACGACGCUGCACACGCUCGACCUUCGCCACAAUUCUAUACGUGAUCUGCGAAAGGGCACCCUUGCCGAGUUGACUGGUCUGAAGCAAUUGAAUCUUGCCAAUAACAAGAUAGCCAAGGCCACAUUUACUGAUCUAGCGCAAUCCGUCGACUCCCUGCAUCUCGAUUAUAAUGACAUCGAUAUUCUCGAGGAGGGUAAUUUCGUUCAAACUCCGACAUCCACUUUAUCUUUGACCGGAAACAGAAUCUCUAGUAUACAGCGCGGUGCCUUCAACCUGCCUACUCUGAGGGAUCUGUAUUUGAACAACAACACUCUGACGACCAUCGAGGGUGAUAGCUAUGAAGGCUUGAAUCGGUUAAGGCGUCUCUGGCUCUCAGAAAAUAAAAUAUCCGAGAUUCGUAAGGGCGCUUGCAAAAAUUUAGGAAGUCUUUAUAUUUUAGACAUAUCCAAGAAUCCCUUCCAGAAGCUGGAAAACGGCGCUCUUCAUGGUCUUAAUACUGCCUUUGGCACCAGCUUGUACAUCUACGAGAACAAUCUGAAGGAGAUACAAGGCGGAAUUUUCGACGAUGUUUAAAACCCUCUCCUUUUGAUUUAAAACUUUUACAAGCAUAUUUCUUCUAUUGAAUAUUCUUGAAAAAUGGCAUUAAUAAUUAUGAGCGUUUAGUAGACUCAUGAAUAUUUGUAGAAAAUUUAAUUCUGCUAAAUUACAUGAUAAAUAAACUGUCAUUUGAAAUACAUAUUCAUACAGAUUUUAUAAAA